AUGCCGCCUCCAUCGUUCUGCCUCCUGCCGCUAGCUGUCCCGCCGCCGCCGUCAACGUCCCGGCUCCCUCUGCAGAUCUACUCCCAUGUCAAGGCCCAGCUCCCUCUCCUGCUCCGUUUCCGCACCCCCCUCCUGUCCCCCGCGGCCAUCGGCCCCGACGGCAAGUUCCACCCGUCGCCAUCGCCCGCCGACGAGGAGCCACCGGAGGCGCCGGAGGACUCCGCCCACGGCGUGUCCAAGCUGCAGCAGUUCCAGCGCCAGGUUUCCCGCGCCCGCAAGACGCAAGAAGAAGAGUACAAGAAGGACCAGCCUCUUUUCCUAUCGGCCCUUGCCCUCGAGGAGGACGCGCCUGAUGUCCCCGACCAAGGUGGCCCCAGCGACUCCGGCGAUGACCUCUUUGGAGACAUAGACCGCGCCAUCGCCCUCAAGCGCAAGGAGUUCGUCAAGCAGGGCCUUCUUAAGCCGAAUCCUCCGAAGAACAAGAAGAGCAAACCCCAACCAGAAAUCGAGGGUCUCGACGAGCUCGCUCCCGAGGAAGUGGUGGACCUCGACGAGAUCAGCGAGCUGCAGGGACUUACUGUCAUCUCCGAGGAUGAAGAGGAGACGCAGGAGGAUAUUUCGGUUAAAUUCUCGGACGUAGAAGAAGACGAUGAUGAAGCUACUGACGGGGAAGAGGAGCGCGUAGGUCUAAAUGGAAUUCCAGCUGCUGGGUCUUCCUCGUUCGAUCUUGAUCUUGACAGUUUUGGGAAAUCUAGGCCACGGAUCAUGGAGCCGAAGUUCAGAAUGACCUUGGCCGAGCUCCUUGACGAAAGUAGGGUCGUCCCCGUCUCUGUUUAUGGGGACCUGGAGAUUGCCAUCACCGGAAUCCAACACGAUUCGAGGAAGGUCAGUCCAGGUGAUCUCUUCGUCUGCUGUAUUGGGUCCAAAACCGAUGGUCAUAUGUUUCUCAGCGAGGCUGACAAGAGAGGAGCUGUUGCAGUGGUGGCUAGUAAAGAAAUCAACAUAGAGGAAACAUUGUGGUGCAAGGCCCUGGUCAUCGUCGAGGACACAAGUGCGGUGCUUCCUGUUCUUUCUGCAUCCUUUUACGGGAACCCCUCAAGGAGCAUGUCUGUAUUUGGGAUCACUGGUUCAAACGGCAAAACCACCACAUCAUACUUGAUUAAGGGGCUCUACGAGGCAAUGUCACUGAAGACUGGAAUAUUAUGCUCUGUUGGAUGCUAUAUCCAUGGUGAUAAUAAGUUGGAGUCUCCCUAUGUGAAUGCUGAUGCAGUGAUGGUGCAGAAUCUGAUGGCAAAGAUGGUUCACAAUGGGACCGAGGCCAUGGUUAUGGAGACUUCUUCUCGUGCCUUAGCACUUGGUAGAUGUGAUGAGAUAGAUUUCGAUAUUGCAGUCUUCACUAACAUGACAGGAGAGAACCAUGAUUUCCAUGGUAGUGUGGAGGAGUACAGGAAGACCAAGGGUAAGCUAUUUGAAAAGAUGGUCGAUCCAGAGCGUCACCGGAAGGUUGUGAAUAUUGAUGAUUCAAAUGCUUCAUAUUUCGUUGGACUAGGAAACCCGGAGGUCCCUGUUGUGACCUAUGCCAUUGAGAAUAAGAAUGCUGAUGUGUACCCUCUGAAAUUUGAGCUUUCUUUGUUUGAGACACAACUCUUGGUACAUACACCGAGGGGGAUAUUGGAAAUCUCUUCAGGGUUGCUUGGAAGGCAAAACAUAUACAGCAUUCUUGCUGCUGUAUCAGUUGGGAUUGCGGUUGGUGCACCAUUGGAGGAUAUCGUCAGAGGGAUUGAAGAAGUAGACGCAGUGCCUGGUAGGUGCGAGUUGAUAGAUGAGGAGCAAGCGUUUGCUGUGAUCGUGGAUCAUGCACGCACACCAGAAUCAUUAUCUAAAUUGUUGGAUACUGUAAGAGAGAUAUCACCAAAGAGGAUCAUUACAGGUAUGUAGUUUCUUUGUUUUUUAUUUAACUAAUAAAUGUGAUUCAACCACCCUGUUUUACCUGUUUGAUGAAGUGUGUGGGUGUGUGUAUACACACCCCAACACAUAUAUACUAUUAAUAGCUGGAAAUCCCUGCGCCAUUUUGGCAAAAAGACACGUAACUUUUUUCUUAAUGCAAUACAUUAGUGAAAGAAGAGUCCUGUCUUUCCUUUCAUUACCAAGUUUUCUUUCUUAAAAUUUUAGCCAUUAUUAUUUGAUGAUGAUGCGAUCCUUUUUUAUGGCUGUUAGGAAAAUAUGGGAUGAAUAUGUGUAGCGACCUAAAUAAUUGAUCCCAUGCUGUUGAUCAUACUGACUUUCCUGCUUCUGUACGAAUGUAUACAGUUGUUGGAUGUGAAGGUGAGAAAGACAGAGGAAAUAGACCACUGAUGACAAAGAUUGCGACCGAAAAAAGUGAUGUUGUCAUGUUGACAUCUGACAAUCCCAGAAGCGAAGAUCCAUGUAACAUUAAAGCCUUGUCAUUUAUAAAUUUUCUUGAUGUUUUCUUCUGGCUGGAAAUGGCCUGGGGCCCUUGAAGUCCUUGUACUAAUCGUUUGUCUUGAUAUGGUCAGUGGAUAUCCUGGAUGACAUGCUCGCUGGCGUUGGCAUGACCAUGCAAGAUUACUUAAGACAUGGAGAGAAUGACUAUUAUCCUCCCCUUCCCAAUGGGUGUAGACUCUUCGUUCACGACAUCAGAAGAGUUGCUGUGCGAGCUGCUGUGGCAAUGGGUGAAGAAGGAGACACAGUUGUGGGUUCUUUAAUCCUGCCGUCAUAACACUUGGUCAUUGAAUAUUUCAAAUCUUAUUGAAGCUUAGGUUUAUGUCACACUGAUUUCGUGUUAUUAAAUAUUCAUCUUUCAGUUGGGCAGUCAUCAUUUUAGUGGUUGGUAAAUUUAUGCAUAUUAUGGCUGGAAAGUCAUUACUUCACAUCAAAUAACAUUCCCUUUCAUAUUAUUUUUUCAUUAUUGUCCCAUAGUGCUGUUUCGUUGUCCUUAUCAUUGGUACGGUGGAAUAGAGCUAUUUUCAUUGAUACUCAAAUUGAACAUACUGACAGGUGGAAAGAAUUAGUAGAAUAAGAAAUUGUCCAAGAGAAAAGCGGGACUAGCUCCUUCUCGACAAUAUUAAUGGAUGCCAUCUUUCUCGACAGGAAUCCAAAAACAGGAGACAAAAUGAUCUGGCUGCCUUUUUAGUUAUCUACUUCUAAAAUGAAUUCCAUAUCAUGGUAUAACCUUGGCAGGUUUUUUCGGAGAAGCCAUAUGUGCUAAUUACGCAAAAGCAAAAGCAUUACUGCUGUCAUUUAGGGUAGUACGACCAACAAUAAGCCAGACAGAGGAUCCCCAUUUUUCUGUAAUCGCAGAAAUCUUUUAUUGGGCAAAAACAUUACUCAGUCAUCCAAUUUCUAUACUUUUUCAAAUGCUUUACUACUCAUUGGGUCUACUGGAUAUAGUCAGGGUAAUCUUUAUCCUAUGCACUAUCUGCUAUAUAGAAACCAUUAUUGGAAUUCGUUGAUAUUCACAAAGAUCAUCUUCUGAGAUAUUUUCCACUCUCGGUGUUUAAAUCGAUAUUUUAUUUUCUGAACCUUACUGUUAAGGGAAAAUGCUUCUCAGAGCUAAUUUCUAAUCGUAGUCUAUUCUUCAGGUUAUCACAGGCAAGGGCCAUGAAACACAUCAAAUAGAGGGUGAUAAGAAGGAAUUCUUUGAUGACAGAGAAGAGUGCAGAGAAGCGUUGCACUAUGUGGACGAGUUGCAUCAGGCAGGCAUAGACACAAGUGAAUUUCCGUGGAGGUGAGUCAGAAAAAUACUUUCGCAUUCAAAUAUUAACUAUUAUAUUGAAUCCAGUUCCCUAUGUAUCAUAAUUAUUCGGCAUUUAUGUAAUGUGUCACGCCAAAUCAUCGUUUUUUAAAUGUACAUGCCAUAUGAAUUUUUCAUUUCGAUUCACUACUUAGCGUGGCAUUUCCAAUGUGCCAAACUGAUCUGAAUAAGUUCAUCUAGAACCAACUCCAGCGCCCUUUUCCCACAGUAGGUAGCAUUCAUGAAUAAGAAAUGAAUGAUGGCUCAUGAUUUGAAAUACAGUUACUAGUAAGUUCUUUUAUAUAACCAUUAAUAUUAUUUUUGUGUGUGUGUGCCUUACUGGCCCAUGCGCACUCCUGUUGGGCCUAAAUAUUAUCCUAUAUUUUACCAGCAUAUGCCAUUGCUGGUUGUGCGUUAGGAUCUUGUGUUUGAUUUCCAGGGAGCCACCGAUUCCGGGGAUCAGAAAUCACAGUCUGAUGCCCUCUUUGAGUCCUCGUUAAGUAGAAGAAAGCCUCCCGGUGUAAUCUCCUCACAGGUUUUCAGGUGACAUUUAGCAAAUAUCUGUGAGAAUUAUAGAUGCAGAUUACUUAAGAACUUUGGAUGAGAAACAUCACCGACCGAAUGUGGGGAUUUUCUGGAGAAGAAAACAGUGCGCUCUAUAAAUCUAUCGUUUCUUCCUUUACCCAGGAACCCAAUCCCCACAUUUGACUGGUUUCAGUCAACAGCCCCCCAUCUUAAGACAGAAUCUGGUAAUCAUCCAUUUGACUUAAUACUUUUGCCGUGUUGCAGAUUACCAGAGAGCCACUGA